UUAGCUUAUAUAAUGAUAUUUUAUAUGUGAUUUUCUAAGCAAUAAACUCAUUUUUGUGUUAUUUAUACUCCUUAUGGUGUUUAAAUGAAUUAAAUGUUUAUUUAAGGUGACUUAUUUCCAUGUAUCCUCUUAAUGUCAACUAAUUUAAAAAUAAGUAUUAAUAAAUAGAAACUAUAAACUGUUUUAUUUCUUUAAAAUGUUUAAAUUUUAUUGUUCCAUCAAAUCCUCAAUUUGAAAACCGAUAUUUAUAUGCAAUUAUGAUAACCUACUAUAAAGCUUUUACAAAGUUCAAAUUUAAUGCAGUUUUUCAUUGCUCAAAGCUGAAUGAAGUCUUCAAAAAAAAGUUUAAAAUAUUAAUUUUGAAUAAUUCCCCACUUCAACCCUAAUCACUACGAUACUACUCCUUUAAAAGUACUGAAGCUGAACAACGAUUGUCAAUCAUUCAGACAUUCUUGACUUCAUAUACUAUACAUUAUUCUAUAUAGUAGAUAUUUACUAUUUAAACAAUUUCAGGGGGAGGGGCUAACGUUAAUAACAUCAAUGUGAGCAGGGGAGCUUCGAUCCUACAAAACUGAAAAAGGAGGAAGAUUAACGGACUUUUGAGGGGGGCUAAGCUUCCCGAUUUACUGCAAUGAUUAGAGCCAUGAUCUAAUUAGAUAAUUUUAUAGACAAAGGAGUAAGGAUAAUGAUAGAAUUAUUAUGAUGCUAAUAUAUUUACUUAUCUAAUACCAAAUACCAAUACACAAUUUCUUAUCGUUAUUCCUUAUCAUCCACGUUUAGAAGUAACAGAUAAGAAUAAUUUUUAUGAAGUUAAACACGUUUUUUUUUUUGAGAUUCAAGGCAUUUCAAGGAAAUAUUAUUUGUUUAUUAUGUUUCUUUAUUUCAGAUAUCUCUCAUUAUUAGUUUUUGUUUAUAAUUAAUAUUUAAAAUACUAAGUAAUACCUGAUUAACUUAAUACACAUUUUUAAGCUUAAAAUUGUAAUGAAGUGUCAUAUUUGCGAAAUUAAUGAAUCCAAAUAUAAAUGUCCAAAAUGCAGAAACGUCAAGUAUUUCUUGAUUUUGGGUUAGAUCACUCGCUCAUCCUGGAAAUAUCAAUUGUUAAGAAAAUAUUUGCCGAAUAUAAUUGUUCUGUUGCAUGUUACCAAAAUCAUCUAUCAGGUGAUUGUACAACAAGCAACCAAGAUGCAUCGGUUGAAAUGUUAAAAAAUGUACAACUGUAUCCAACUGAAGACACAAUUCCAUCCGAAAAAUUAAAUUUACUUUGUUAUGACAAUCGCCUAAAAGAAUUAGUUUCUGAUUCUUUUUUACAAAAACUAUUGGAAAAAAUAGACAACAGUACUAAUCCUAAUGAAGAAUUGGAAAAAGCUAUGAUUGAACCUAUAUUUGAAGAAUUUGCUAGAAGAUGUUUGGAAAUUGUAAGGGACGAAAAUGUAAAUUGAAGUUUAAACUUAAAUAAUCAAUAAAUCAUUGGAAAAUUAUAACAACUGAAAAGUUAAUAGUUUUAAGAACAUAUUUUGUUUACUUAAUUAAUAAUUUUACUCACAAAGAAAAAAUUGACUGAAAACUGUAAUUAUUAUAAUAAUAUAAUAUAGAAUUUUUAAAUGUAAUAA